AUGUCUCUUCCGCAGUUGCAAAUCAAGCUGCACAGGCCCUCCGACGGCCUCAUACGCAAAAUUACCUUCGACACCCCACCUUCAUGGACGACACUCGCUGCGAAGAUCGAGGCGCUGUAUCACAUUACGCAGGCUGACGUCGCCGUCUCCUAUCUGGAUGCGGACGGCGAUGAGAUCACGCUCUCCUCUGAAAGCGAAUUGCAGGAAUAUUACCGCACGCUUCCGCCUGGCGCACCUGGCGAGAGCAAGGUCGCCAAGCUCACUGUGCGCGACCUCGGCGCAGAGAGGAACAAGCCAUUGCCUUCGACCCCGCCCACGGGCAGCUCGAACCUGCACGGCGGCUUCAGGAACACGUUUGGCGUGCCGAUGAUGUUCGACGUCGAGGAGGAAGAGGAAUGGCAGCGCGUCCCGCAGGCACUGUCGUCACUCUUUGGCGUCGGCCGUGACGAGUCGGUCGGCAGCGGCCCGCAUGCAUUCGUCGAGACGAUUGAUAGCGAAAUCGGCGGGUCCCAGGCGCAAGAACAGGACAGAGAUGACAUCGUCGAUGCGAUAACCAUCCCGGACUCUGAGCUUACGGAAACGACACCUGCACCGACCCAAGACAAAGACAAAGGCAAAGCCCGCGCGAACUCCUCCCAGGAGUCCGUCAUCGGAUCCCAGACUCCGGACAAAUAUCCUAUCCACGUCGUGGAUCUCAAUGCCAUGGACAUCGACGACAUCCUCGAGAAAGGCAGAACGUCUCCCAUCUCUCGUAGCGAGCCGGUACCCGGUCAGGCACCGAGGGCCAGCACGGCGUCGUCGUCUACAGUCUCCGACUCAGAGGCGCCCGAGCCUCCGCUGCCCGACCUUGAGAACCUCGGGAACCCUAUGUCUAGUGCAACCAGCCGUGCCCCGAGUGCCACUGUAUCACUUACGAACGAUGUCGCGAACCUUUUCAGCACGCUGUCGGCCGUUAUCGCAUCCCACCCAGAGCUUUCCGAAGGCGUGCGCAACCUCGUGCGAAACGCGGCCAACGGAACGUACUGGCAGGCACACCGCCAGGCAGUGUCCCGCGCUACGGACGACCUUCGGCGUACUGCUGAAGCGAGCUCGGCUGAUGCUGUGCGCAUUGCGUCAGAGGCGCGCCGUGCGGCUGAGGAGGCCGCUGGGCGGCGCGUCGCAGAGGCCAUUGCGAACGUCGUGCGCGCGAUAGGUGAUGUCGCUGGCACGACCGCGAACCCUUCAGACGCUGCGCCCUCCACGUCCACGGCUCAUGGCGCGCAGCGCUCCUUCAGUGAGCGCCGUCCUGCAACCUUCCCAUUCCCGCCGGACUUCCAGAUGGCAAUGGAGUCUCUCAGUGAUCUUGCAGACCCGCGUGCCUGGAUGUCAGAGCGGGGCGGCCGGCGCGGCCACGGGUUCCGUCACCGCCACGGACGAUAUAGCAUGCACCAGACUGCGUCGGCUCCGGGGUCUGCAUACGCUUCUAAGAAACAGACGGAUAAGGACAAGGGCAAAGGCAAGGCGCCCGCCCAGACUGAAGCUGUCCCCGAACCCCCUGCUCAGAUCAUCAGCGCCGCGCGAGGGCCGUACCCACAGCUCGAAAUGCUCAGCGUCUCCCCUCCCCGUCGACACCACACCAUGCACGGCACCGGGACCGGGACCCAUCGUGCCCAGGAGGCCAGCAAGUCGAAGGAAAACCCUGCAGUGAGCUCCAUCACCAGGAGGCUUGGUGAUAUGGGCUUCACCGAGGACAAGUUUCCGAGCAUCUACGCGCAGGUCUUGGCGCGCGUCCCCAGUCAGGGCGAGCUGUCCCGCGAGGCGGAGGAUUCGGUCGUGAGCGACGUGCUUGAGGAUCUGCUCUUGAUGUCGCCGGUCCAGUCUCCGCAGCCGUCUGGCUCGGGUGCUCAUGCGAAUCAGGCGGAGGACGGUAUUCCUGGUGCUUUCCCUUGA